AUGCCUCCAAUUCAGAGGAACAACAACAAUGCCCCUUUUUCCAUUUCCACGCUUUUCCUUUUCUUCGCCGUCAUCUCCAUUUUCUCUCUUGCUUUCUUCUUCUCUUCCUCCACCACCACCACAACCAUCUCACACCGUUCUCUCCCUCUUCAACCCCUCACCUCUUCCGGCAUCAACGUCUACGUCGCCGACCUCCCCAAAUCCCUCAACUACGGCCUCCUUAACCGCUACUGGUCCUUCGACGCCGAUUCCCGUAUCGGCAGUGAUGCAGACAGUGAAAUUCGAUCCACCAAUUUGGGUAAAACCCUAGAAUUUCCACCGUAUCCGGAGAAUCCAAUUAUUAAACAGUAUAGUGCGGAGUACUGGAUCAUAGGGGAUCUUAUGACUCCUCCUCGAUUACGAUCUGGGUCGUUCGCAAAACGGGUUCUUGACGCACGUGACGCUGAUGUGGUCUUUGUUCCAUUUUUUGCUACUCUCAGCGCUGAAUUGCAACUGGGUACGGCUAAAGGAGUCUUCAGGAAGAAGGCUGGGAAUGAGGAUUACCAGAGGCAGAGGGAGGUUAUUGAUUUUGUGAAGAAAACUCAAGCUUGGAACCGUUCUGGUGGUCGAGAUCACGUGUUUGUUAUCACUGACCCAGUUGCAAUGUGGCAUGUUAAAGAUGAGAUUGCUCCGGCUGUUCUCCUUGUUGUGGAUUUCGGUGGGUGGUAUAGACUUGACUCCAAAUCAUCCAACUGUAGCUCAUCUGAAAUGAUCCAACACACUCAAGUUUCUGUAAUUAAAGACGUGAUUGUUCCGUACACACAUCUACUACCAAGUUUGCACUUGUCAGAAAACCAAAAGCGCCACAUCCUUCUUUAUUUUAAAGGAGCCAAACAUAGGCACCGGGGAGGCCUGGUUAGAGAGAAGUUGUGGGAUCUAUUGAACAAUGAGCCCGGUGUUAUAAUGGAGGAAGGCUUCCCUAAUGCGACUGGACGAGAGCAAUCAAUACAAGGGAUGAGAACAUCGGAGUUUUGCCUGCAUCCAGCUGGGGACACACCCACUUCAUGCCGACUUUUUGAUGCCAUUCAGAGUCUUUGCAUACCUGUUAUUGUCAGCGACAACAUUGAGCUCCCAUUUGAAGGUAUGGUGGACUAUACAGAAUUUUCAGUUUUUGUAGCAGUUGGUGAUGCUCUUAAACCAAGCUGGCUAGUCAAUCAUAUUCAAAGCUUUUCAAAACAACAGAAAGACAUGUUCCGCCAAAACAUGGCUCGGGCACAGCCCAUGUUUGUCUAUGAUAAUGGUCAUCCAGGUGGAAUUGGCCCUGUACCUUUGGAUGGUGCAGUGAAUAAUAUAUGGAAGAAAGUUCAUCAAAAACUGCCAAUGAUAAAAGAAGCCAUAAUCCGAGAGAAAAGAAAACCACCUGGUGUGUUGGUUCCACAACGAUGUCAAUGUACUUAG